ACCGACGCGUCAGCGAGUAUUGCGUCUGCACGCACUGGGCGUAGACCUCUCUGCCUCCAACGGUUACCAGCCACCACCGCCAGGAACCAGCCUCAACAACACGACGGAGAACAGCUUUCGACGCAACGAGUGGUGGUGGUUUGGAGGCUGAAAGUAGACGAAACAGCUGGUGGGAACUUGAAUUCUGACGAAUCAGGCGACAUGCCGCUGCGUGUUUUCACUGAGGGACUGAGAAUCCUAGCAGCCUACAUGACAGUCAGAGGAAUCCCAACCGUGGCUCGCCCCUACCUCCAGCAGCAGCUCCCCGGUUCAUUGAUGGUUGGCCAUGUGAAACGUAUAGUUUCUGGGGUGCUGCUAAUGCUCCUCUCUAUUAGAAUGGUCGCUGCAGUGGGUGGCUUGAUUGUGUUGGUGGGAGUCUACAUGAUAGCCACAGGAAUUUUCCGGCUGGUCAUCGACACAAUACGUGUGCUGUGUCGCAAUUGCGCCACACUCUUUGGAGCAUUACUUCUGCUUCAUGCACUCGUAGAGCAUGUUGUAAAUGAUGGCCCACCUGCAUGGGACUUCGCAGUGAUGGUGUGCAUCAUGUUGGCCUACUGGAUGGCGAAGGGCACCUUGCAGCUGAACGGGGACUCAGAGCUCUUUGGGAUGAUGCUUGUGCUCUUUGGUCUCGGCUUGCACAUCGUAACUAUAUGGAUGGCACGUGGCGUCGUGCAGUUUACUAAGAGAGGAAAUCAGCAUCGCUUCUGAACUCAGCAUCGCUUCUGCACAACAUGUAACAAUAUCUCAAGGUCUGGAAGGAACGCAUGUGGCGGUAUGGCUACUGAAAUGGGUCUGACAUUGUCGUUCUGAACAAUAUCCAGAAUGCACCAUCAUGGUAAUCCUUCCAAUGCAUUUGCUCCUUGUUGACUGUAUGUUUACAAAUUAUGCAAAAUAUGUUGUAUAAUGUGUGCUGUAUUUGCUUGUAAUCAUUAUUGGAAGGAAAAAUGUCAGUAAGAAGAAUAUCAGCAGAAUAAAGCUUCGUUAUGUUGAGUGACUAUUGA